AUGGGGAGAACAAACUAUACACCUUUGAAUGCUAAGCGAGGAGAGAUCUUAAUGGCUAUUAAGGAUUCCUCAUUCGUCAAAUGGCCUCCCAGGUUAAGGGGAGACCCAACAACAAGAAACCCGAAUGUCUACUGCCAUUUCCACCGAGGUCAUGAACACAGCACGGAGAAUUGCAAGAAUCUCCACGAUGAGAUCGAGGAACUUAUCUGUCGCGGGUACCGAAAGAAUUACAUACUACAAGAAGAGAUGGGACAAGCAGACCGACAGGCAAAUCGACAAGGGGACCAAAGGAGAAAAGACCCCGAGACCAACAGGCAGAAUGAGCAGCCACCUCGAACGCUGCUAGAGGAAAGGCCAGUCCGUGGAGUGACCAAUAUGAUCACCGGCGGGUCCAUAAUUGUCGGAUGUACAUCAGCAACUGGGAGGAUCUUGGUACGCGAAUUGGAGAACGAAGGCGACAACCCACCAAAGCAACCUUGGCUCAAAGAACCGAUCUACUUCACAAAGGAUGAUGCGCACGGGAUCCAGUACCUAUACGAUGAUGCUUUAGUAGUGAAGCUAAGGAUCGACGACUUCGAGGUGAAACGCAUCUUAGUAGACUCAAGCAACUCAGCAGACAUACUCUUCAAGGAGACCUUUGACAAAUUACAGUUACAGCAAAGCGACUUGAAAUCAACAGAUACAUCUUUGGUAGGGUUCAACGGCGAGGAGGUUAGGCCUUUUGGUCGAAUCAUAGUACCGUGGAAUCCGGCACGUGGCCAAACAUUGUGCAAUUUGAGCACACGUUCUUGGUAG